GUGGAUAGUGAUAAUAGCCGCGGCUGCGGCCGUUCCAGUUUCAAUCGCGUCCACCAAUGGCAUGGAUAUGUCGAUGGACGAUGCGAUCAAUUUGGCGUCUGGGGAGAUGUUGCCGUACCUCCACUUUACACCGGGCGAUAUCCUCUGGUUUCAGGGAUGGGUUCCGUCGAGUGCAGGCGCGAUGGUUGGAACCUGUAUUGGGUUGCUUUUGUUGGCGAUGGUGGAGAGGUGGAUUGCUGCUGCGAGGGCCGUUAUGAACUACCAUUGGAGUCAACGAGCAUACGUUAAUUACCCAGCAUGCCAGGAACAAGAUGCGCUGCCCGUCACAGCGCUAGAAUCCGAGUCCAAGCAAACACCUUCAACAAGGUCAUAUGCAGUCGUUCGCUCUACCACCCGCAUACUCCCGCCGUUCGUUUUCGAACAUGACGUACCACGCGGUAUCUUUCUCAUACUGCAAGCAGCGCUGAGCUAUGCUUUCAUGCUGGUCGUAAUGACCUGGCAGUUGGGCUUCAUCUUCUCCAUUCUAGUUGGUUUGGGGAUUGGGGAGAUGCUGUUUGGGCGGUUUGCCAAUCACGACUUGCAUCUUCCCUAAUGACGAUGCAUGGAUUGGACGCCCAUGGGCUUCUUGGCGGUUGUAUUACUACAUGUAGCUUGUGGUCUUCAGACGGGU